GAACAACCUCUUCCAUUCGAAGACGAUGAGUCCUCUUGCCAUCACCUACAACGACAAGAGCAUCCUCGAGAACUUUCAUGCCGCGACUGCCUUCGAAAUUAUGCAGAAGGACGCGGAUAUGAAUUGGCUGGCCCUGCUCAGCACGGACUAUGUCCCUCCCGGGAAAGAGAAGCCUUCGAACCUGCAGCCGCAGAUGCGAAGGCAGAGAGCUCAGCGCUCUCGUACAAGGAGCGCCCUGAGGCUUGGCUUGCCUAUUUCUGCGGAAAUAGGACGCCAUGGCGAAAGGACGACGACAGUGCUGGCUCUGCCAAGUGGCAGUACUGGCGUGGGUGGUCGCCUCAGGGGCGGGUCCCAUGGAAGCAGGAGGCCGACCCUCGUGGACCCAACCGGCCCAUGGAUUUUCCCACCUACGAUGGGAUUCAGCUACAGAGCAGGCCGACAGGUGCCUCGGGCUCGCAGGCAGUGCUGCAAAACCGCGACAGCGAGGGCAGAAUGGUGCCGGAUAUGCAGCAUGCCCUGAACCAUGCCCGCAAGAUGGAGACGCGGCUGUCGAAACUCGUGGCGGCCAAGGCCCGAGCGGCGGAGAAGUGGGAGGUCUUUCAGGACCAGAUGAAGAAUCGGCUGAUUGCCGAGCGCAAGCGGUUCGAGAAGGACAUGGACCGCUUCGUCGGCGAGAUUCAGGAGGCCGAGGGCGCACAGCGACUGGCGAGGGAGGUUAUUGUCUCGAUUGUGCUGGACAGCAAGGCGACAAAGCCGGCGGAGCCUCGCGAGGAAAAGGAGUGGGGAAGAGUAUUCGACUCGUGGAUGGAGGAGGCGGAAGCGGACAUGGAUGGAGUCCUUCGACGUGCCCUCCAGGAGCGUGCCGCAGUUAUUACCCCGCAGCGAGGACGAACAGCUCCGCCUAUGACUCCGGUGCGUAUGGAUACCUCUGGGCCUCCGCCGGGUUUGGACACCGAGAGGGACAUGAGCCCGCGGGAAUACCCCACCCCGGCUACCAUUCCUCCGCCUGGUCUCGGCAAGACCCCCGGUUCGCAUCCUGGACAGCGGGAUCGCAGUGCCAGGCGUUCUCCCCUCGCGGAGGAGGCUCCUCGGGCUUCAAUCAAGGCCGCUACGAUACAGAGGCCGACUGCGUCAGCUGGCGUGAUGACGUUUCAGGACCGCCUGGAUGUGAAGAGACGAGCCCUCCAGCCCUUCGGCAGACCAGUGCCGGAGCAGGAGGAGGAGCUGGAGAGGGAUCGGCUGGCGAGUGUCACAUUCGAGGAGGACGACGAUACGGGCCAAGGUGUCGAGGACACCACGGGAGACAGCUGA